AUGGCCGACCCCCUAAGCCGGGCCGAAUCACAAUCACCGAGCAGCAGCUUCUCCGACAAGGAGAAGGGCAGCGACAGUCAGGAUAGCGGGGAUCGCAUCGUACCUCCCUGGCAUGGAGGCGCUGAAGAUGAGGUUGGCUCGCUGCGUUCGAACGGAAAGCGAGAGUUGAAGGAAGAAGACUGCUACGAUAAGCUGGCCUACUGUUGGCCCCGCUGGAAGAAAUGGACAUACCUCGCGGCCAUCGCCUGUGUCCAGGUCUCCAUGAACUUCAACACUUCCGUCUUUCCUAAUGCUGUGAAGCCUCUCUCCAAGGCCUUUGGUAUCGGUCAACAGGAAGCCCGAACAGGACAAAUGAUCUACCUGAUCACGUACUCCGUUGGGUGUGAACUAUGGGCGCCAUGGAGUGAAGAAUUCGGUCGGUGGCCGAUCCUCCAGCUCUCUAUGUUCCUUAUCAACAUCUGGCAGAUCCCGGCUGCCUUGGCCCCGAACUGGGGGACGAUUUUGGUCGCUCGUGGAUUGGGUGGAAUCUCAACUGCAGGCGGUAGUGUCACUCUUGGCUUGAUUGCCGAUCUGUACGAGGCGGAAACGCAGCAGUUUCCCCUCGCUUUCAUUGUCUUGUCAUCCUGCAUCGGAACUAGUAUUGGUGGAGUCAUUGGUGGUCCGAUCGAACGCUUCCUGGACUGGCAAUGGUUCUUCUGGAUCCAGCUCAUCUUCGGUGCUGUCACCCAAGCCAUCAUCUUUUUCAUGCCCGAGAGCCGAUCCACUAUCCUCAUCGACCGCGAAGCCAAGCGCCGCCGCAAAUCCGGCGAAGACCCCAACAUCUACGGCCCCAACGAACUGAAAAAGCCUCGAGUGUCUCUCAAGGAAGCCGGAAAGAUCUGGGUGCGCCCAUUCUACAUGUUCCUGCGGGAGCCGAUCGUCCUCUGCCUGUCGCUACUAUCCGGAUUCUCCGAUGCGCUCAUCUUCACCUUCCUGGAAGGCUUCAGCAUUGUCUACUCGGAAGGCUGGGGCUUCGGGGUGCUAGGCCAGGCGUGGGCGGUGAUCCCGAUCAACGUCGCCUACGUGAUCGCCUACUUCUCGUACUUCCCCUGGUUCUGGCGCGACGAGCACAUCCGCAAGACACAGGGCGACGAUGCGCUUCCCCCGGAGCGACGGCUGAAGUGGCUGCUGUACCUGGCGCUGCUGGAGCCGAUCGGACUCUUCGGGUUCGCCUGGACCUCGCUGGGCAAGGAGUAUGGGGUGCCCUGGAUUGUCUCCAUGAUCUUCUCGGCCAUGGUUGGCAUCGCCAACUACGCCAUCUACCUGUCGUCGGUCGAUUACAUGGUCGCCGCGUACGGUGUCUACUCCGCCUCCGCUACCGGCGGCAAUGCUUUCUGCCGGGACCUGCUGGCCGGUAUCGCGGCCAUGUACACCACCCCCAUGUACACCAACAUCGGCGACAAGUUCCACGUCGAGUACGCCACCACCAUCCUGGCCUGCCUGUCUUGUCUCGUCGUCAUCCCCAUUUAUGUCUUUUAUUGGAAGGGCCCGCAGAUCCGUGAGCGCAGUAAGUUCGCCCAGACGCUGGCCGCGGACAACAAGGCGAACCACGGUCAUCGCGUGAGCAAGGCCUCCAGUGUGAGUCGCUUGAGCUCGCUGUAA